AUGCUCACACAGGUCCUCCUCGGCCUUUGCGCUCAUGCAGAGGUUAUCCAACCGCUUCGCGAGAAAAUUGUCACGGUCAUCCAGGAAGAGGGAUGGAAGAAGCCCGCCUUAUAUAAGCUUAAACUCAUGGACAGUGUGCUGAAGGAAAGUCAGCGCAUGAAGCCAGUCAACAUCACUUCAAUGAGACGUCUCGCACUCAAGGAUAUCAAAUUAUCGGAUGGCACACUCAUUCCAAAGGGCUCCUCCCUUCUGGUCUCUAGCCACAAAAUGUGGGAUCCAGACGUCUACCCAAACCCGGAGACGUUCGAUCCCUAUCGAUUUAUGAGACUACGCGAGACUCCCGGCCAUGAGACUUCGGCCCAGCUAGUGUCGCCGUCUCCAGAGCAUCUCGGAUUUGGCUAUGGGAAGCACGCUUGUCCAGGACGGUUCUACGCUGCCAACGAGGUCAAGAUCGCAUUGUGCCAUAUUCUAUUAAAGUAUGAUUUCAAACUGCCUGAUGGCUAUACACCGACGGUGCGAACGAGGGGCAUCUCGGUCAGUGCUGAUCCUUCGGCGAAGCUCGUCAUCAGACGGCGACAAGACGAGAUUGCUCUCUGA